CGGGAGAUCGCGGCGCCCCCGCCCACCCUCCGUGCGAGAUUCCUGCCGCCGGGAGCCCGGCUCUCCACGCGCGUCCACCUGCGGGCGAACAGGACAGUGGCUCCGGUCCUUGCCGGCUCCCUGGCGGAUGCUCUCCGCCCGCCAGCACGCCUGCUCAGAAGCAAGGGGGACACACCGGACCCGCUCCCCUUCCUCCCCGGGCCCCGCGGCGUGGACGCGAGCGGGAUCUCAGGGUGCCCUGGACGCGCGGUGGCGGCCACAGUGAAGGGACCGAGCGGUGGGCCCUCGGAGACCCCGAGCUCCUCCUUUCCCCCCACUGCCGCCACCGCUCCCCCGGGACCCUUUCGCCUGCACGUUCCGAAUCGGGAAGCCCAUGCCGCCGCAGCAAGGGAACCCCGAGUACAUCAGCAAGCCGGUGGCGGGCUGCUGUGGCUACGAGGUGCCCCCCGUGCCCCCGCGCCGGGUGCGCAGCGGCCGCACGGCCGCGCUGGCGACGCGCUGUCGAGCCGGAGGCGCCGAGAGGCGCUGCAUCAAGUGCGUGCUGGUCGGAGACGGCGCCGUGGGGAAAACGAGCCUGGUGGUGAGCUAUACCACCAACGGCUACCCCACCGAAUACAUCCCCACCGCCUUCGACAACUUCUCCGCUGUGGUGUCUGUGGAUGGACGGCCUGUGCAGCUUCAGCUUUGUGACACAGCUGGCCAGGAUGAGUUCGACAAGCUCAGGCCCCUCUGCUACACGAAUACAGACAUCUUCCUGCUGUGCUUCAGUGUGGUGAGCCCGUCGUCUUUCCAGAAUGUGACUGAGAAGUGGGUACCUGAGAUUCGGUGCCAUUGCCCCAAAGCGCCUAUUAUCCUCGUUGGCACGCAGUCAGAUCUCCGAGAAGAUGUCAAAGUCCUCAUAGAAUUAGACAAAUGCAAAGAGAAGCCAGUGCCUGAAGAGGCGGCAAAGUUAUGCGCAGAAGAAAUCAAAGCCUCAUCUUACAUAGAAUGCUCGGCCUUGACUCAGAAAAACCUCAAAGACGUCUUUGACACGGCCAUCGUUGCUGGCAUUCAGUACUCGGACACGCAGCAGCAGCCAAAGAAGUCCAAGAGUCGGACUCCGGACAAGGUGAAAAAUCUCUCCAAGUCCUGGUGGAAGAAAUACUGUUGUUUUGUAUAAUCCUGGCAGGAAACUCAGAAAAGCUAUUUUCAGAUGAAAUCACUACUAGAUGCUAUAUUAGCUGAAAUAAUUCCUUUCACUGUGUAGAACCUGUAUGGAGAACAUGUGUGUGACAAGUGGAAUUCUCUAUAUCUGUAUUCUUUCUUGCCUUUAAUCCUCUUGUUUUUUGAGGUAGGAAUAAGAUACUUAUGCAAAAUACUUCUGAAAUAAGUUUAGAAUAUUUCACGACUCUGGAAAUUUAGAGUUCCACACCUCUUGAAUUGAUUAUAUCUCACAUAAAAAAGACACCUCAGAUAUGGAUGUCAAGAAUGAUAUUUUGCUAUAUUAUAAUGUAUAGAAGAAAAAGGGGGAAAGUGAUGAUCUUGUCCUUGAUCCAAGGUUGAUUCAUGCGCAGUGAAGGAGCCCCAGUGGUGCAGUGGUUAAAGGUUUGGCUGUUAACUCAAAGGUCGUGUGUUUGAGCCCACCAGCCACUUCAUGGCAGUACCAUGUGGCAUUCCGCUCCCAUAAAGAUUACAGCCUUGGGAAUCCUUUGGGACAGUUCUGUUUUAUCAUCCCUGGUCAGUGAGUCGAAUCAACCCCUUGGCAAUAAGGUCAUUUGCUUUGUUAGUUUUUUGUUUGUUUGUUUUGUUAGUUUAAUAAUUUAUGUGCAGGUCAACCAUAGAACUUAACUUUGAAAUCCCACGUCAACGCCAUGCUUUAUUUUAUUUCUUCAAGAACUAAAUGAUGAGAAAAUAAAAGGCCUUUCUCUGUGCAACCCAAAACAUCCACUAAUUUAGUUUUUGUCAUACCUGGUUGAUGAAAAUUUAUAAACAACUCACUAACAAGCAAGCUAUUGAAAUUUGUAUUGGGGGCUUUUAUUCUGAGACCACUGUGUUACAGCGUGUAAACACAGGCAACAUGCGUGUAGUGCACGAAGGUGUUCCUCAGGAGCCUUUUCAUGCUCUGUAAAACGGAGUCUUGGCAUCUGGGUACUGUGGCGUGUGGACUAAACUGCUUCCACCCUAAGUAGAGGAAUAGGAAGUACUAACCGUCUGUGCUUGAAUUGCCCUAUCUGUAGGAAAGUGAAUAUUCUUGUUUAGGAAACAUUAAACACACCUAUUCUUAUCAGCCAAAAAAUGUUUUCAGUGUGCACACCCACAACCACACCUAUAUACUCACAUGUAUUUAUAGAUAGCUGUGUUUACGGCUGAUACAGUAUUUUAAAAAGUUAAUGGGGGUGUGGGGGAGGGGAAGAAGCAAGACCAUAAAAGACAGAUUUUAAGAAAGAAUGGCUUCAGAGAAGGUAAGUUUUUUGUUUUUUUUUUGUUUUUAAGACAUCUCUUUUAUCCUUCCCUAGAGAUAACUUUAAGGAGCCCUGGUGUUGUAGUGGGUAUACGCUGGGCUGCAAUCCACAUGGUCAGAAGUUCAAAAUCAC